GGAAAAUUGUGCGUGCAGUGCAGCAGAGGGUGCGGCGGCCGUCAUACUCCUCCCUAGCCAGCAAUGUACCAAAGCGCGUGCAGCGCGGCCGCCGGCGGUUGCUCGGAACCUGAGCGCCACGACCGGGACGGCUUGAUAACGCAUGAAACGGCCGUGGCACCGGUCGAACACGAUUACAGCGGGUUCGAUAUCGUCAAAGCGACCCAGUACGGCGCGAUAGCCCGCGUGAAGGAACUCAUCGAGGCAGGAUGGGACGUAAACCAGCCAGACAGCGAAACCGUGACGCUGCUACACUGGGCCGCGAUCAAUAAUAGGAAAGAUAUCAUAAAGUACUUCCUUGAUAAGGGCGCGAUAGUUGACGCGGUUGGGGGCGAACUGAAUGCUACCCCGCUUCACUGGGCAACACGGCAAGGCCACCUGGGAGCUGUCGUGUUGCUGCUCGCUGCCGGGGCUGAUCCGAGUCUUCGCGACGCCGAAGGGUGCUCCUGCAUUCACCUCGCAGCCCAAUUCGGACACACGGCCCUGGUGGCGUACUUCAUCGCACGUGGCGUCAACCCCGAUCUGCAGGAUCGCGGUGGCAUGACGGCGUUGAUGUGGGCCGCAUGGAAGAUUUCGGCUCUCGAUCCGGUGCGGUUAUUGCUGACGCUUGGAGCCAACCCUAGCCUAGCCGAUCACACACAUGGCAACACUGCCCUACAUUGGGCGAUCCUGGCACGCAACGCCACCGCCGUCAGUACGCUUGUGCUGAAGGGCAAGGGAAACAUGGAGGUGCCCAACCUGCGCGGGGAUACUCCGCUCACGAUGCUACAACCGCACCUGGGUUCGAUCUGGAUCGGUUCCAAAGUGUCCGAUCGAAUCCGAGAGCUAACUCAGCAAUCGCACCGUCGCAACCUGCUCGUCCGGAUGACGCUUGAUAAGCGGUUCCGCUGGUGGAGCAUGAUUGCGACCCCGUUUCUAGUGUUCUACCUGGUUGGGUUGGUUUUCUGUGCCGAUACAUUAGGUGUCAUUAAGCUUUUCCUGCUCGCGUGUCUCUACUGUGUGUCGCACACCAUCGGACAGCACCUGUUCGAUGAGAACCUCAUGGCGCUUCUUCCGCUGAGUGUGUACAUGGCCACUAAGCUCUGGUUCUAUGUCACUUGGCUCACGUACAUUGCCCCAACCGUUUCGUUCCUGGCGUCGUUAGCAUUUCUGGCGUGCAGUGCGGGACUUUGGGUUUGUUUCCUCAAGUCCUGGCGCGGAAAUCCUGGAGUCAUACAGCCCACGCAAGAGCAACGGUUUAGGACCAUCAUCGAGCUGUCGGAGCGUGGAGCGAGUGGAUUUGAACCAUCGGCCUUCUGUUCCGCUUGCCUAGUUCGCCGACCGGUCCGUUCCAAGCACUGUUCCGUUUGCGAUCGGUGCGUUGCGCGAUUCGAUCAUCAUUGUCCGUGGGUUGGCAAUUGCAUCGGAGCAAAAAAUCAUAAAUACUUUAUGGGAUUCUUGUGGAUGCUGCUGAUAAUGUGCGCUUGGAUGCUGUACGGCGGCUCAAACUUUUACGUGCAAACAUGUGCCAUCAAUAUGGAUGACGGGUUGUGGUCUGCACUCGUUGCGAUUGGUUCAUGUAAUCCGUGGGUUGGAUGGGUGAUGGGAAACGCUUUGCUUCACAUGUCCUGGGUAACCGUGCUAACCGUAUGCCAGAGCUAUCAGGUCGUGUGUCUGGGAAUGACGACGAACGAGCGCUUGAAUCGCGGCCGAUAUCGCCACUUCCAGGCGAAGGGCGGCAAGAGUCCGUUCAAUCGUGGCCCAGUGAAAAAUCUGUUCGAUUUCCUCGAGUGCAGCUGCUUUGGGAUGGUGCAACCGCAAAGCACCGAUUGGAUGGAGUUCUUCGAGUUUGAUAAGCACGUGGAGCAUGAACCGCUGCUACGGCCGGAUAACUUUCAGUACAUCUGA